AUGCAUCUAAAAUUAAUCAUUUUUUCUGUCUUGCUUGUUGUGGUUUCUAGUAGUUCAUCAAUCAAUUGGCUUAAAUUUAAACGUGAUUAUAAUAAACAUUAUAAAUCAGCUGCUAAGGAAGCCGAACGUAAACAAAUAUUUUUUGAAAAUGUAAAUCGAAUACGUACUUAUGAACGACUUCAUCCAAAUGCAACAUUCAAACUUGGUAUCAACCAUUUGACUGAUCGACGCAUUGAAGAACUUGUUUCACGUUCAAAACACUACAUUGAACCCUUAGCUGGAAGUAUGGAAAGUACUCUAGAAUCAAUUUUCGUACCAGACUCAUUCGAUUGGCGUACAAAAGGUGUCAUUUCGCCAGUAAAAGAUCAAGGCGUUCUUACAGACGUUGAGGCUGUUGUUGCUGUAGGACAACUCGUACUAGGCAGUGUUGCUCGUGUUGUCGAUUGUUGCCCACAACCAGUUGAUCCAUUACAAUGUAUAAGGAAACUAGGUGGUAUAUGUAGUGCUCGUGAUUAUCCUACACCUACUGGUAAAUGCAUACCAGACCAAUGUAAACCAUUUGCUCAUCUGCAAGUCGUUGGUUAUGGAAAAACAGCCUCGGGAGACCUUUUUUGGAUAUGUAAAAAUAGUUGGGGUGUCAAUUGGGGUGAAAAAGGUUACAUACGUAUCUUACGUGGGCAAAAUACAUGUGGCAUAGCCUCUUACGUCGCACAAAUUGCAUAA